AUGCAAACGAACGUUUCGUUACCAUCGUCGUCGUCGAAGUUCCAAUCGAUCUUCAGACGUGAACCUUCCAUGGCCUUCACGGAGCUCGAUUCCGAUUCUUCGAUCUCUGCCAUUAAUGGAAACCGCCUCUACAACACUCUUCUGGUUCAGGACCGUCAGGAAAUGGUGAACCGCCACAGCCUCUGCCUCCACCGCCUCCGUCGCGCCGCCGACGAAGCAACCUCUCUCCGUCGCGAAAACACUAGUCUCCGCUCCGUCAACGUCGAGCUCAACAAAAAGCUCCGUCUUCUGAUCCAAGCAUCCGUGCAGAAUCGCCUCGGUUCUUGGACGAUGUUUCGCGGAGAAAAAGGGACUGAGAAGAAAGCGAUUCGGUUUCCGGAAGGAGAAACGAGAAACGAGAGGCGGACGAGCUCCAUCGGAAGCGAGGACGAGAGAUUCUCGCUGCCGAAGAGCAUCUCUGUGAAGUCCGAGGAGUACUUGAGAAAAGCUCAAGCAAUCGCAAUUAAUGGCGGACGGACUCGUCAUUCGUCGCAGUCACGAAUCCCCGCUCUGCAGAAUGUUAAGUCUCGCCUCCCCUCGCCUCCUCCUCAGUUCUCAGUUCCUCUUCUCACUUCUCAGCCACUCUUAGUCUCCGACUCUCCGUUCCUCUUCUUCUUCUCACAGUCCAAUUCUUCCCCCAAUUUUGACGCCCAUGGUGAGUUCUUCCGGUGCUGCUUUUCCAGCUACACCUUCUUGGUUCAUCCCCACAAGAGAAAGGUGUACGUGGGUGGAGGAAAGAACAAUGAUCAUGAGCCAAUUGAAAUAGAGGUGAACAGACAAGGCUCAUUCAAGACAGAGCUGUGCAACAAAUGGCAGGAAAUGGGCAAUUGUCCAUAUGGAGAGCACUGCCAAUUCGCUCACGGCAUUGAAGAGCUACGUCCGGUCAUCCGCCACCCCCGCUACAAGACUGAAGUCUGCAGGAUGGUCCUCGCCGGCAUUGCCUGUCCCUACGGUCACCGGUGCCACUUUCUUCAUGCCCUUGCUGACCAGGAACUGUCAAGUUCUGGUUUGCUCAAGCCCAGGGCAGUCAAGCUGAACAGGUAAAAAAAAAAGUGACACAUUGGACAUCACCUUUACAAGAUGAAUAAGGAUGAGUCUAUGACUGUGGACACAAGACCUUUGUUUAAGUAGGAUUCCAUAACAUGUUUAUAAAAAUAUUUUUGCGUCAUGAAAGUAUAUAUAGCUGGACAUAUAUAAGUUACUUGAGAAUAAUUAUUGUCAUGUGAGUUAAGAUUUUUGAGGGAAAUUCAAUUGUAUUAGAGCAAGGCGUUGGAGCCUUGAAA